GUUUUUGAGUAUGAUCAUAGUGUGAAGUCAAUAGAACGUGCUAUCGAAGGACAAGGCGCCGAACGAGUAGGUGUCUUUUCGGUCGAUUCAACGCCAUAUAAGCCGAGCGAUAAUUUUCACGGUGCCAUCAACCAUGUUUUCAUUCUUCAUCAUUCACACUACCCUCAUAGCACAUUCACAAUUGCUCCGACCGAGAGAUCCGUAAAGAUGUGUCCACGAGCGGUUUCAGAUCGAGGCUUCGAUCUGAUCCUGUCAAAACUCAGCUCAGGAUUAGUUCAAGAUACAGCCGGUAAAUUUGAGGUUUCCGGUUCUGAGUAUGUACUGAAAGACUUUAUGAUUCGUGUUGGUAAUGCCACUAUGGGAGUGGUGAGUAAAGGUGUGGUCGUUGAAGUGGAAUAUGCGGCAUCCUGUGUGGCGUCUCAGUGUAUGGCAAUGCUUUCGGAAUUCGUGGCUAUGUUCUUUCCGGACCGAGUCGAUUCUAAGCCACCGGUUCUGCAGAAAAUACAGCCCGAACCGUAUAGUGCCCUGGAUACUCUGAAUCAGUAUUUAGAUAUAUUUCAAGGAAUGCGCAAGAAAGCGUAA